UAUGAUGAUAGUAAACAAACGAAAAUGUGAUUAGUUUGUUUUUGAUUCAUGUGUAAAAUAAAUUUAAUAUAUCAUACAUUCUUUUAAAUUCCAAAAUUGUAGCCUUCACAUGUCCAUCAUUUAAAGAAAGACUUUUAAAUAUGUCUUGCAGAUUAAUGAACAAGUACCUUUUAUAUUUUUAUCAGCAAUUGCGAUAUAAUUCUAACAGAACUUGUCUGGUUAGAAUUGGUCGUGAAAAAUAUUGUCGGAUGUACUUAACAACAAUUGUGAAUCCUGAUGGAUCAUCAUACACUAUUCGAUAUCAUGAACCUAGAAAAAUUAUUAAUUUACCACUAAAUACUGCAGAACUAACACCAGAAGAACUUCAGAAACAUUUGAAUAGGAAGAAAGUUCAAGAAAAGGUUGUUAUUGAAGAACAACCAGAUGAUGAUUUUGAUAUUAAUCGUUAUAGCCAUUUAUGGAAAACAAAGCCGACAGAAAAGAAGUAAUAGCAUGUAAUUUAAUUUGUAAUUAUAUUAAUUAGUAAUUAUAAUAAACAUUAUAUUCAACAAUUGUAAA